UUAUUUGCUUUUUACUGAAUGGCAACAAUAAUUCCAAAUAUCUAAACAAAACAAAUAGACGAUGGAUGUUUUGCGAGCUGAAAUUGAACGCAAAAAACGCCAGUUAGCUGAAAAGAAUCUGAUAACUGAGAAACGAAAAUACUUCAAAAGAGGAGAACUUUUAAAGCAAGAAGAAGAAGAAUACUGGCAAAAGCACUAUCCCAAGAAUGACGAAAGUGAAAGCAAUGAAAAUGAGAAGAAAAGAAAUGAAGAUGAGUCAUUGAAUGCUAAGAAGUCUGAAGGAAUUCUGCCAAGGAAGGAGGUGGUUCGAAGGUUAAGGGAAAGGCAGGAGCCCAUCCUACUCUUUGGGGAAACUGAAAUUGAAGCUUUUCAAAGGCUCAGGAGGUUAGAAAUCUUGGAGCCUGAAGUGGACCGAGGGUUCAGAAAUGAUUUUCAAGAAGCCAUGGAAAAGGUUGACCAAGCUUACUUGGAUGAAAUUCUAAAAACACAGGGCACAACAGAAGAUGGAAAAUCUGUUAAUGAUGUAAAAGUAGAAGAUGAAGGCACAUCUAUGGAAGAAAUAAAAUCAGAAGCUAGUGAAAAGCUGGGAAAAGGUGUGGAUAGUGAUAAUGCUAAAGUUAUUUUGAAGUUUUUAAGGUUCUUGUUACAGUUAUGGGGACAGCAGCUGAAUUCACGUCCAGAAUCGGAUAAAACUUCCAUGAAAGGAAAGGUUGCAUCAGCAACUUACACACAAACUCAGGACUAUAUUAGGCCCUUGUUCAGGAGGCUAAAGAAAGAAAAUGUCCCUGAAGACAUUUUGGAACAUUUGGUUUUGAUUGUCAACUAUUUACUUGACAGGAAUUAUGUUAAAGCAAAUGAUGCUUACCUAGAAAUGGCAAUUGGAAAUUCUCCUUGGCCUAUUGGAGUAACAAUGGUGGGCAUCCAUGCUCGAACAGGAAGGGAAAAGAUCUUCUCCAGAAAUAUUGCCCAUGUGCUGAAUGAUGAAACACAAAGAAAGUUCAUUCAAGCUUUGAAACGACUGAUGACUCAGUGUCAAAGAUUUUUCCCCACUGACCCUUCUCGUUCGGUAGAAUAUAAUGCAUGAAGUUGUUGUACAUCUAUAAUCGAUCUGAAGUGUAAAGACCAUUGUAUAUAAUAGAAUAAAGUGUAUUUUUAUUAUUU